GACGACAAACGUCAAAGCGUUUUGUGAAUUCCAACGAAUCGGUCAUUAUUGCUGUGAAGUGCAGCGGUGUAAAGAUUUUUUUCAUCAUCACUCCAGUAUAUUUUCCCAUAUAACUGUUUUAUUCUAAUUGUCAACCUUGAACCUCAAUUUUGUUGUUUUCUCUUUCUUGCUGCAAGUGUUGUGAGUGUUUUAAGUGCGAGGUGUGAAAAAAUUGCUUCUCCUAUUCCAAAAGAAUAAAAAAGCGCACUGUUGCUCAUUUAUCGAUCGAACGCAUCUAAACUUAAAAAAAGUUUUAAACAAAAAGUGUCCUUACGCCAGCGGUGGUAUUGCGUGCUUGAAUUCAUUUCACUUUUAUUCGUCAGCGAGUGAGGAGUGCUUUGGUGUGAGACGGCAAUUAUGGGCAAUUCGAGCUCACUUUGUGCGGAUAAGAAUGCGGUCAGAGGUUACGAUGGUAACGGCUCGCCGCUCUAUCCAACCGCCAAUAAUUCAUAUAACCCUUCCAAUGGCCAGGUAACACCGUAUGAAAAUUGUCGACAACAGCAGCAACAACAAAAGCAAAUCUACAAAACCACAAUUCCAGUGAAUGAACAUUGCCAACAUCAGCAACAGCAACAGCAACAACAAGUGACCGCCACGGCCAACAGCUGUCAUUGUAGCGAAGGUAAUGGUGGUAGAGCUUUCAUGCAAUCAGCUGUUGGUGAUGCUCAGCUGACUACCCCACAACACAAUAAUAGCAACAACAUGAGCGCCUCCAAUGGUGACGCAAUAAACGUCAGGCAUAGCGCAAUCGGAAUCCCCAUGUCUACGCAGCAUUGUUGCCAUGCUACCGCUAAUACAAACACUCAUCAUGACUCGACGCAAGCACAUUGUGCUCACCACAACACUAGUCCAACGAGUAAUAAUCACCCGAAUACACUAACAACUACGACAACGACCAUCGAAUACGAGCUGUCAAAUGGCAUAGCAAAAUUGAGUAAAAUCAGUACGAGUCGAGUAGCUGCCGAACAGUCAUUCUUGCCGUCUCAAUUAUCACAGACGCAACAAAUAAGUAGAGAAGUCAAUAAUUCGACAGAAAAUACCAGCAGCAACAGCAAUAAUAAAAAAAUCGCGUCGUACGAAAAGGAGCAACAUUUAUUGCCACCGCUAUUAUCCUCAAAAGCUUUACAGAAGUUAACUUCCAGCGUAGACGCUUUAAAUAGUUACAACAUUAACAAUAAAAAUUGUUUGGCCGGUAUUCAAAAGCAACAGCUAAGAAAUUAUAGUAAAAUGAGUGAUUGUAAGCAAAAUUUGAUCCUAGCCGAUGAUGCCGAGGUACCCGGCGAAGUGAGUGGAUUGGACCGCCUGCAUAAGAAAAAAUACAAUAAGGGUCUUGCUUUUACCGUCGAAGAACGCCAACUGUUAGGCAUUCAAGGUCUUUUGCCCGCCGUUGUUAAAACCGAUGAAGAACAGGUUGAACAUGCACUAAUCCUUUUGGAUCGCCUGGAACAUGAUUUGGACAAGUAUAUCUAUCUUGCCGGCCUUGCUGAACGCAAUGAGCGCCUGUUCUAUAAAGUGCUCGCAUCUGACAUCGCUAAGAUGAUGCCAUUGGUGUACACACCCACUGUUGGCUUGGCUUGCCAAAAAUUCAGUUUGAUAUUCCAAAAUCCAAAGGGUCUCUACAUUACCAUCAAUGAUAAGGGGCACGUUUACGAUGUGAUCAAGAACUGGCCCGAAAGAGAUAUUCGCGCUAUUGUCGUCACAGAUGGUGAACGCAUUUUGGGUCUUGGCGAUUUGGGUGCCAAUGGCAUGGGUAUACCUGUGGGUAAACUGUCGCUAUAUACCGCCUUAGCUGGCGUUAAGCCGCAUCAAUGCCUGCCUAUUACCCUGGAUGUGGGCACCAACACGCAAAGCAUUUUGGAUGAUCCUUUGUAUAUUGGCCUGCGUCAUAAGCGUAUUACUGGCCCGGAAUACGAUGCCUUCAUUGAGGAAUUCAUGCAGGCCGUUGUACGUCGUUUUGGUCGCAAUUGUCUGAUACAAUUCGAGGAUUUCGGCAAUAGCAAUGCAUUCCGCCUGUUGAACAAAUAUCGUAAUAAUUACUGCACCUUCAACGAUGAUAUUCAAGGUACUGCCUCAGUUGCGGUAGCUGGUAUUUUCGCCUCUUUGAGACUGACCAAUACAUCGCUUAAAGAAAACAAAAUGCUGUUCUUCGGUGCUGGUGAAGCUGCUUUGGGUAUUGCUAAUCUUUGCAAGAUUGCGAUGGUCAGAAGUGGAUUGACAGAAGAGGAAGCAGUUGAUCGCAUUUGGCUUGUGGAUAGCCGCGGUUUGAUUGUGAAAAAUCGCCCUAGUGGUGGUUUGACUGAACACAAAUUGCAUUUCGCACACCAACACGAACCGGUUGACACUCUUUUGGAAGCCGUAAAAGUUGUUAAGCCGACAAUACUGAUCGGUGCCGCUGCUGUGGGUGGUGCAUUCACACCCCAAAUUUUGCAACUGAUGGCCGAAUUUAAUGAAAAACCAAUCAUUUUCGCUUUGUCCAACCCUACCAGCAAAGCUGAGUGUACUGCCGAGCAGGCCUACCAAAACACAGACGGCAGAGCUGUCUUUGCGUCUGGAUCACCCUUCCCUCCUGUUACGUACAAAGGCAAAACUUUCCACCCGGGUCAGGGUAACAAUUCGUAUAUUUUCCCUGGCAUAGGAUUGGGUGUUAUUGCUGCGGGCAUUAAAACCAUUCCUGAAGAGAUAUUCCUGAUGGCAGCACAGAAAUUGUCCUGCAUGGUUCAAGACGAAGACUUGGCAAUAGGCAGCCUGUAUCCACCGCUGGAGAAGAUCACCGCAUGCUCAGUCGAAAUUGCUGUUGCGAUUGUCGAAUACGCCUACAAAGAGGGUUUGGCCACCGUGUUGCCCGAACCUGAGAAGAAAUGUGAAUUUAUCAAGACUCAGAUGUACAAUGUAAACUACACCCCUGCUGUGCCGGAGGUCUAUUCGUGGUGUAACAAAUUGUGAACGCGAUAAUUCCUAGGAUUAACGUUCGACAAAGCAAGUGAUCAACUGUGAACUGAACGCGGCGAAAAAAAUGUGUACUGUGCGCCAAAAUUAUAAUGUGUAACAUUAUAUUCAUCAAUAUACUUUCAAAUUUAAAUGUGUAAAUUAAAUCCUAAUAAAGUAAAAAAAAAAAUUAAACCUUCAUAUUUAAAAUGAAAAA